AUGAGAAAAGAAGAUCAAAUACAUCUCUCGUCCUUACAGAUUUGGAAUGGUAUGGACACUCCUGUUCAUUAGAGCUCUAACAUUUUUAGUGAAAAGUUUAAAUAGAGUUCAGAAUUUCAUUAUAAUUGCAAUCAACCAUUUUGUUUACAGCAUCCUGAAAAAAAAGCUAAAUACGUCUUACUGAAUGCUGAAGGACCAAAUGAAAAGCUUUGUACUAAAUGCGCUGUUGUUUUUGCAUAAUAAGGACAUAAAAUUUAAUUAAUUGAGGAGGGUACAUUAAUGGUUCUAAAUAUCUUGUAGAUAAUGCUAAGAAGAAAUAAACUGACUCAUUUAUAGAUUAACUACUCCAGACCAAAAGCGAAAUCGACAACAUCCAUUCAAAUUUCCUGUGCACUGAGGCAAAUUUAAAAAAAUUUUAUAAUGACCAAUAUACUUAGGUAGUUAAAACAUUCGGAAACAUUGAAAAUGUAAAUCUGA